UAAGCAAAUUGCAAUAUGUCAUUGAAGCUUGGAGACACAUUCCCCGACUAUAAAUUCAAAACUACUCAAGGGGAGUAAUUUCAUGAUUGGCUUGGAGCUUGGGCUAUUCUGUUUUCUCAUCCAGCAGAUUAUACACCAGUUUGCACCACAGAAUUAGGUGCCGUCGCGAAACAAGCUGAAGACUUUAAAAAACUUGGAGUUAAGUUAAUCGGUUACUCCAUUGAUACUGUUUCAUCUCAUGAAGGAUGGAUAAAGGAUAUUGAACAUUACAAUGGCCUAGCAUGUGGAAAAUUUCCUUAUCCUAUCAUAGCAGGAUCCCGAAAGCAAGCAGCCGAUCUUGGAAUGCUGGAUCCUGAUGAAGUUGACAAAGCUGGAUUGCCUGUUACUGCCAGGUGUGUCUUUGUAUUAAAAGAUAAGAAACUUAAACUUUCGCUCCUUUACCCAGCUACCACAGGAAGAAAUAUAGCAGAAUUACUCAGAGUGGUGAAAUCCUUGCAACUGACCAUGGAAAAGAAAGUUGCAACACCCGCAAAUUGGCAACCUGGAGACAAGUGCAUGGUUAUACCAUCAAUCAAAGAUGAUGAAGCGAAGAAGUUGUUUCCUAAAGGCUUCGAAACAGCAAAGCUUCCUUCGGAGAAGGCUUACAUCAGACUCACUCCCGAUCCAAGCUCUUGAAGGCUAAAACACUUUGCCUAGAUGUCAACCAAGUUCUUAUUUUGCCACAAGUUGUGUUCACAUGGAUAUAAGUUUGCUGCAUCAUGGAAAUGUAAUUAUGGCCUAUGUUUAUCCAUUCCAUUCUUUUGAGACCAAUUUGAGUUUGUUUGUAUAUUUUUAUUUCAAAAAAUAGUUCAUUUUAAUUAAAAAUAUAAUUGAGCAAAUG